UCCGGCCAUUUCUGAUUUCUGAGGUCGCGCAUUCGUCGUUCGCACGUAGAAUCAUUUCGAGAGUGUUCAAGAGUGUUCGAGAGGCAAGAGUGAACGAAACGAGAGGAGAAUACAGAAGUGACGGGUUUUCCCCGAGUCCCUAUUGGUUUCUCUUUUUCCUUUUUUCUUUUCGCGGCUGAACUCGCGAUCAGACGCGAAAUUGCGAAAUCCGCGUCGCGUUGCCACCAUUUGCCACGGGAGUAGGGGGGGGGGGAGACGGUCAUCUCCGACUCCGACGCGAUUCUGAUAUUCUUUUAUUCUACGGUAUGUCAGAAGGCGAGGCGUUGUCGCAGAAGAAGCAACCGCAGUUUCAUCCGCAGCAGCAACCGUCAAUCGGAUCGGGUCCGAUGGCGAAUAUGGCGUGGCAAUACCCGCCGAACAAUAUGCACAACAUGUACCCACCAUACCCCGGACAAAUGUAUGGCCCAGGGUAUCAAGGUGUGCCCCAUCAAGGGCAAGUGUUUAAUUAUUACCACAUGAUGCCAGGAUAUGGCCAGGCUUUUAAUCCUCAACAGAUGCAGCAACAUCAUCAACAGCAGCAACAUCAACAGCAGCAACAUCAACAGCAACAGCAUCAACAGCAGCAGCAGCAGCAACAACAGCAGCAGCAGCAGCAACAACAGCAGCAGCAGCAACAGCAAGGAAACAAUCAGACAAAGCAGCAGUUACAGCAACAACCUCCUAUACCUGGUACUCCGAUGCCCCUAGACGAUGAAUCUGAUCUUCCACCGUUGCCACCCGGUCCACCACCGUCUGUUCCACCAGCUCAACAACAUAACAACCAUUUACAGCAGCAGCAACAGCCAAUGGCUUAUUCAGGAAUGAUGUACAAUUCAUUUCCCUAUGGUAGCUGGAAUGGCAUGCAUAAUGAUUCUUCUCAGUAUAACGGUCAAAAUACAAUUCGCUUUAAUUUACCAAAUAAGAAAACAGGUCUUGGAUACACCGGGCCGUCCGGCAAUAGCGGCGCCGCGAAGAAAAAACGUAAGCGGAACAAAAAUUUAGCAGCUCAAUUCAACAAUAGCUUUCAGGCAAACGUUCCAUCUACCAGUCCCUUCAUGCCUAACGGGCCUAAUGCAAAACCUGUGGAAUUACCACCAUUACCACCUCCCGCGCAAUGCGAAAUGGCGGCUCCACCGCCGCCGAGUGAGGAGCCACCUACGCCUGUUGCGCCGGCCACCACAGUUGCCAGCAGUGUGACUCCUAAUACCGGCAUUACUCCUUCUAUCGCUCACAGUCCAGUCGGGGACUGGCCCGAAAGUUUGAAGAAUUAUGUAAAUCGCUGCUACGAGAAAUGUAAGACGGCGGUCGACAAGGAUCAAGUCGAAAUCAUACUGAAGGGCAAGAUCACGCGUGCCGCGAACGAUGGCUCGCUCUGGGUGAAAGACUGGGAUAAGGAGCCUCUGCCCAGCAUCCAUAGCGAACGUAUGACCUUGACGAUCAAGCCUUCGAAGCCGGCGUUAAAGUUGGCGAAUCCUCUGGCAAGCCCACUGGUUAAUGCACAGGGAGGCCUGCGCAAGCCUGGCCUCUCAAGUUCUCUCGGGGCUCGGCUUGGUGCACGUCUCUCUGUGACACACAGCAGGCGGUCGAGGACAAGGUCGAGGUCGAGGUCUAGAUCGAGGUCAAGAUCAAGAUCCAAAUCGAGGUCGCGAUCCCGUUCGCGGUCGCGGUCACGAUCGCGCUCGCGUUCGAGGUCAAGAUCCACGCGUUCGCGCACACGUAGUCCGCCGUCGCGCAGGUACAGCAACAGGCGCAGUACGUCUUCAUCGUCGAACUUAAGCGAUCGAGAGCACGAUUACAAGGCGCUCAAAGUGAAAAAAUCCGCGCGCAACAAGGCGAAUCACGGCAACAAGAAGUCCAAGAAGACUAAGCAGGCUAAAUCGCAUUUCUAUUCCGAAUUUGGUUUAGCUACAGGCAACACGGACGAGCUGGGAACCAAGGAGAAGCUGCAGCAGCGCGCCGCCCGAUUCAACGGCGGUAUUUCCAGGACGGUCAGCAGCGUUAUUAUUAGAGAUGACUCGAACAUGGACUUCGACUUUACAGGCCUUCACAUCGUUGGCACGUGCAAGGAUAUAGAGAAGCCCUAUUUGCGUCUGACAUCGGCUCCUGCUCCUUCUGCAGUUCGACCGGUAAGUGUACUUCAAAAUUCUUUGGCCCAUGUCAAGAAACGUUGGCUGGCCGACCAGGACUACAGAUAUGCUUGUGACCAAUUAAAAUCCAUCCGGCAAGAUCUUACCGUGCAAGGUAUCAGGGACGCGUUUACAGUUCAUGUGUAUGAAACCCAUGCUCGUGUAGCUUUAGAACGCGGUGAUCAUGAGGAAUUCAAUCAGUGUCAGACACAGCUGAAAAUGCUGUACCAAGAUCUUGGUGGUGCUAACCGAUGCGAAUUUAUUGCGUACCGAAUUCUCUAUUAUAUCUUCACAAAAAAUACUCAAGAUUUAACAACAAUUUUAGCUGCACUUACGGAGGAGGAUAAAAAUGAUGAAUGCAUAAAAUAUGCGUUGAAAGUGCGCUCAGCUUGGUGGUUGGGUAACUUCCACGCUUUUUUCAAACUAUAUAGGACAGCGCCAGCUAUGUCCGCCUUUUUAAUGGACUGGUUUGUUGCGAGAGAGCGAAAGAAGGCAUUGAAAUUAAUGAUAAAGUCCUACCGGCAAAAUUUGGCGGUUCAUUUCGUCGUAGCGGAAUUGGCCUUUGAAUCUUUGGACAAGUUUUAUGAAUUUGUCAGCGAGUUCGGCUUGGUUUACGCUGAUCUCGUUCGACAGCAAAUCGACUGCAAGGCAAGCAGUGGUAGUCUAGGUGGUUGGUAGAAGGCAACGCCACUCUACUGCCCAACUUUUACCCCUUGUGGCGGAAGAUAAUUUAACACGCGAGAAAGAAGGGCCACACACACAUACACAUACACCCACAAGCAUACAUACAUACAUGCACACAUGGAUUUCACGUGUGUUAUAUCACGUGUAUAUGCAUAUGUUUCCGGUAUAUGUGACUCAUAUGCAUAUAUGCAACUCAAAUGUUUAUUCCAUUCCGCUGGGGUUAUACAUAUUUCCAUAAAUUUCCCUCGCUCUUGGAAGUCCCGUGUGUGCUGGCUCUACCUUUCACAAACGAUCUUCAAAUCAUCGUCCCACGGAAGUUUCAUCACCGUCGGGCGCAAAAUCGAAAGCUUUGGGACUCCGACUACAGCUUCGACUGUGAAUUUGUACAUACACGCUCCCUCGUUCGGUUCUCCCGCGCGCACAUUGUACAUAAUCACAAGAGGACGUAUAUGCGGAUUUCUCGCCGGGGGUUCUUGGAAGUUGUACAAAAAAUUGGGACGGAUGAUCGUUUCCGUUCAUUCGGCGCUACCUCACUAAACAAAUUAAAUGAGAAAAAAAAAUCGUUUUAAACGUCGAGGAUCAUAUUCGCAACGCAAACGGUACAAUCUACGGUCUUCGCAAUAAAAAAAAGCCCAUCUUUCAUUUGUUCUCGACUCGGGACGACCGCUCUCUCCUUUUCAAUUGUUCGUAGCUUGAUGCCGUACGCAUGCUUCACUGCCACGGUGCUCGAUCGAUUUUCGAAGUAUUCCUUUAAGUAUUACUACAUGAAAAAAAAACAACCCGUAGCUGACCCAGCCGAGCCGCAAUGCAAGCUUCUCUCCCUUUGAAGAGAGAGGUGGCUUCAAAGAGAAACGCGAAUAAGGAUUUCGUUUCACAAAUUCGAAGACACGAGUCGCGAUUUGAGAAGACACCGAGUGGUGACCUAUACGUUCGUGCCGCCCAUACUCGAGAGACACUUUUCUCGGUCAACGGUAAACAGAGCGUUCCUAGUCGCGAUAAGUGUCAUUUCCCGGAGCCCGAGAAGAACCCAAUAGAUGAAGUAGAAGGAAGAAGGAAGAAGUGGCAGGAAUCACUUUACGGAAUACAUCUUUACUCGUGGACGAACACACGCGAAAGACGUCGGAGAUCUGGGAAUGAAGAUAGAAGACUGAAGAUUAAGGAGAGGGCAAUCCUCACUGUGUAUCUCUCGCGUAAUGAUUAGGGCUAUCCGUUCUCGUCAGUUUUCGUCGUGUGCCGAGUGAUCUUGGAAUUCAUUUUAACAAGUGUCCAUGCGCCGCGCGCGAUGCGACGAUGCUCCUUUCGACAUUAGAGUCGUCCUGUUUUCGUUGGAUUCUCCAAGUGGUCAAGAUUCUUCUCUUCCCGUUUUUCUCGUAUUCGUGCAUGCAUGCACGUUUACUCGCGCGCGCGCGCGCGCGCGUACGCAUGGAAUGUGCAUACAUACGGUCGCAUUACACGGAUUCGGAGAGGGAAAAUGACUCAUUGUACCAUAACUUGAUCCGAAUACGAUGUUGUGCAUAAUAAAUUAUUUAAUUU